AUGGCACCCACAGAGUCUCCUCUUGUCCAUAAAUACCUUUGGAAAGACCAUAGUCUCCCACCGUUCCAAAAUGUGGUCAUGACUGUCAGCGCAUUUGAGGCGUUAUUAUGCUUCUCAUUCUUCGCUGCCCUCGUCACUUACACUCAAACAAGAACCUGGGUAUGCAUCAAAUCUCUCGUAUUUCGAGUCACAAGUCCUAUCCAGAUGACCCUUGAGCCUAAUCAUCCGGAGUCUCAAGAACGAUUGACACAGACCAAAGCCUUGAGGGCUUUAGGUCGACGGCCGAACCCACAAGACCACCUAGCAAUGCUUUCCAUACCAAAAUGGUUUGGAAUCUGGGCUAUCAUCAAUGUCGCAGUAUUCUUCGUUCUGGGUGUCUUUGUGCCUCUCUGGCUUACGGGCUUUUUGGGCACUGCUGUCGUACAGUCUAAAUUCACGGACACAUGCACUGGGCAUGAGACCAACCCUGCCAGAAGCCGAUACACGGCUGAACUUGCAGACAGCUAUCAUAAACGCUGUCUGGUUAGUGCUCCCCAGCCACCAUCAUGCUCUCAAGUAUCUGGGAUUGUGGGUUCCAUGCCUCAACUCUAUGGAGGGAGAGAUUGGCCGUGCCCUUUCGGGGGAGACGUAUGCCAAAAUGAUGUGCAGCCAGUGCAGUUAGAGUUCAAAAACUUGCGUCCUCGAGACUACGGCGUCAACAUGAAACCUCAAGUUCUCCUCGACCACCGUGUCACUUGUGCACCCUUGAAGACCGAGAAGUUCAUGGUUGUCCUUCGCGGCGAGGAUGGCAUAUCGAUCGACAAAAGCGUCCUUUGGUUUGGACAUGACCCUAGGGAGGGACCCCUCCCAAACGUAAGUGCUUUGUAUGGAACCGUGUUGGAAACAGCCAAUGGUCCGAAUCAAUACUCGAGUAAUUUUUCUGGAAAUGAACUGUCUGAAGCGUUGAGAGCGCGGCCGGCAUAUGACCUCAACGUCUACCCAUCUGGAGGUUCUGGUGGCGGGGUUAAUGAAGGCCUUCACCCUAAUCUUCAAAGAACUGACGGAGAGGUCUUCAUUAUCGUGCUCCAACCAGGAAGAACUUAUUACGGAACCGAUGUGCCAAUAGAUGACCCCUUUUACUCAGCACACAACAAAGCUCGUGAUACGGACUCUUACAUACCAGACUACGAAGCCACCGCUUUAGGGUGUGUGGAGCAAUUCAGACUUUGUGUAGCGGACAAGGAUAAUUUUUGUACAGAUUGGGGCCACACUAUCGACGUUAUACUGCCCAUCACCCUGAAUAACAGCCUGAACCUGAACCUGGAAUCAAGACUAGAGAUAACAUUUACUUAUGUAUAUCUUACCACCAUGGCCUCGAUGGGCCGGUUGUUUUCCUUGCGAACAGAUCCAGCGAUGCUCAUGACAGCUCUGACUCGUCGUCUAGACACCAUUGAAUUCAUCGAUCCAACCGAACAGUGGAUAAAGGAGAUCCAUGGGUGGUUUAUGACUGCAUUCAUAGCUGCGAGGUACAAUUUCAUGCAAAUUGUCACUAGCGACUAUGAGAAACGAGCAAAAGAUGCCCCCGCGCCUAUGGUCAGCAUCUGUGGUAUCGUACUGUUCCAAACCAACGAAUAUACCAAUAUCAACUUCAUCGGCCUUCUGGCUUCAAUAUCAUCGCUGUUACUCAUAUGCGUUAUCAGUCACUGGCAGAAGAUGCGAAACGCGAGUAGGAACGUCAAAGGCCUUAUUGCAUUCAUAUGUAUUCUGUUGUUCGAACCCUAUUGGAGUAGAUUUAAGAGCAAGUGCAAGGAAUUACCAUCAUCCUUGUCUUCCCGUGGAGAGAGGUUUCGCCAGGACAUACGUAUCCAUUGUCCACAACCUCCUGCAAUAUUCGGACGCACUUUCUGGACUACUUUGUGGGAAGAAAGAAGAAGAUUUGACAACUUGGUUCCUAGAAGCGAGUGGAUCAAUCUUGCCGUUCGAAAUGUUGGCAGGAGUUCUGCUGAACGAUAA